AUGCAUCCCUAUGCUCAUAGGAUUAUCAAUGAAGGUCAAUUAUCGCCGACAACCGAUAAUUGUUUGGAAACAUUUACUCUCCUAUCGAAACGUUCACUUGUACCAAUACUGAGUGAUUAUCAGAUAAAAACAAGUUUUCCAGCUCAAAUUACAUCCGAAAUACGAACAAUUGAUUGGAUCCUAGCGCGUGAUAUAAUGCACAGUAGUAAUAUUGUUUCACAAUUAGCUCAGAAACAAUUACUACCUGAAAAGUUGUGGGUGCUACUAACUCAAUAUAUGUCACAGGCAAAUAAUGACGAUCGAACCACAUUCUUGAUUCGAGAUGGACUACAGGAUGCAAUUAGUAAUUCCGCACAAAAAGGAAUACCAAGCGAGUUCACUCCAAUCACCGCUUGCUCAUUAACAACUCGAAAUAUAUUGACACCUGGUAAAACUUUGAUGGAAAGUAUGAUUGAAUUUGGUUUCAACGGCAUGGAUCUAUUCAAAGAAAUAUCUCGAGCAAUGAUCCAUACGCAAUUGGAUCUGAUUAGAUUAGGUUGGAUACCGGAUUCCCAUACGCAAAAUGUGAUUUAUCUAUUUGAUUUCAAACGAAAAACUUUCGCUGGUAUUUUACAACGAGAUGCUGAAAGUGAAAAACUACACUUGGAAAAAUUGGAAUUGCGUGGUAUUCACGUGCCCUUAGCCAACGAUAUCAAUCCGAAAUUAUUGAGGAAUCUUGUAGAUGAUGAUAAGAAAUUAAUCACACUUUAUUUGCAUCAUACCAUAUAUAUGAAGCAUAUUGUACCUAUGGCAAAUUUUUUACACGAAAAAUAUAGCAUCGAUGCAACCAUCUUGUGUGAAUAUGUACAACAGUGUCUUGUUGAAUGGAAAAAAAAGAAUGCUGAUUACAACAUCGAACAAGAUAUUGAUCUUUCCGAUCGAUUUUAUGAUAGAAAUUUAGCUUGUAAAACGCUUAACAUAGGCGAACCGCCUCAUUAUCGUUUGAUUCAAAAUCAUCCUUUGCUACCGAAACAUUUCGAUUGA